AGCUGCCCUUUGAGCGGGUUGAUGAUUAAUAAGUGGAGCUACCCAUUGUCAGUGGAGAAGCCACCGUGCACACCUGUUUCAGAGAAAAACCAGGACAGCUCUGGACAACCUGAAAUCGUUUGGGGGAGUACUUGGAAGACCUAUGGAGAGGUUGAAGAAAUGGAGGGCCGGCUGGGCAUACCCCACCAUCCUACUGUGUGUUUACGGCUUCUUCAGCACCGUGAAGCCCCUGGAACCCUUCCUUAUCCCUUUCUUCACCGGACCGGACAAGAACCUCACCACAGAGCAGGUGAUCAACGAGAUCCUCCCAGUUUGGACCUACUCCUACCUGUGCGUGCUGGUGCCCGUGUUCCUGCUCACCGAUUGGCUGCGCUACAAGCCAGUGGUGGUGUUCCAGAGUGUGAACCUGCUGAUCACUACAAUCUUCCUGCUGUGGCUGCGGAGUGUGGCGGCCAUGCAGGCGAUGCAGUUCUUCUACGGCGUUGUGACAGCCACCGAGGUGGCCUACUUCUCCUACAUCUACAGUGUCAUAGAUCCGGCCCAUUACCGCAAGGCCACUUCCUACUGCCGCAGCGUGCAGCUCCUGGGCUACACCGUGGGGGCUGUGCUGGGCCAGCUGCUGGUCAGCUUCGACCUCCUGUCCUACAGCGGCAUCCUGGUCUUCACCAUGGUCAUGAGCUCCAUAGCCCUGCUCACCUCCUGCCUCUUACCCAUGCCACGGCGCAGCAUGUUCUUCCACCGCCACCGAGGCCCCGCCCCAGAAGGCUCGGGGAAGUCGACAGAGGCCGGGGGGGCAGUGGUGUCGGCGGAAACAGUCACACGUGAAGAGGCAGGGUGGGAGGGGGGGACAGUUGGACCUACAGUGCAAGAGAAGGGAGAUGAAGGAGAGGGUUCUGCCCGUGCAGCUGGCUGUGGGCAGGUUCUUCUCCAGCUCUGGGCAGACUUCCUCCAGUGUUAUUCCUCCAGACAGCUGCUCUACUGGUCCGUGUGGUGGGCCAUGGCCACCUGUGGCUACAACCAGACCGUCAACUAUGUACAGGUGCUGUGGCAACAUGUCGAGCCUUCUGAAAACUUCACCAUGUACAAUGGAGGAGUGGAAGCCUUUUCUAAUCUGUUUGGUGCUGCGACGGCCUAUGGUGUAGGCUUCCUCCAGGUCAACUGGUCCCACUGGGGCGAGCUGUCUCUGGGUGCGUUCUCAGGCCUGGAGGCCACGGCUCUCUUCCUGAUGACCUUCACGGGCAGCAUCUGGCUGUGCUAUGCUGGCUAUGUUAUUUUCAAGGGACUGUACAUGCUGCUGAUCACCAUAGCGACGUUCCAAAUCGCAGCAGACUUAUCGAUGGAAAGAUAUGCUCUGGUUUUCGGUGUCAACAACUUCGGAGCUUUGGUCUUGCAGACUAUCAUUACCGCUAUAGUGGUGGACAGCAGAGGGCUGGGCCUAGCCAUCAUCCCUCAGUUCACCAUAUAUUCCAGCUAUUUUGCAGUCAUUGCAGUUAUAUUCACAAUACGUGGAGUGUUCACCAUUUGGAAAGAGCGGAGAUGCAGCGAAGAGCCUGCUUCUUCAAAAAGUGAUCCACCAGACCCUGGGGUCUGCCUUGAAGAAAGACUGUGAAGAGUAGUGC